AAAACCACAAAAGUCUCUGUGUUGGCGGGGGAUCAACAUCGCUGGAAGAGGUCACCGUCACGAUUUUCGAUUUGUUGGCUAGAUCCGGCAUAAGGAGCAACAGAGAAUAAAGAUGCCCAGAAUAGAUAAUGACGUGAAGCUGGACUUCAAAGAUGUUCUCGUUCGACCAAAGAGAAGCACUCUGAAAAGCAGAUCUGAGGUUGACUUGUGUCGGUCUUUCACGUUCCGUAACUCCGGACAGACCUAUGAUGGAGUCCCAGUUAUGGCCGCCAAUAUGGACACAGUGGGAACAUUUGAAAUGGCCAAGAGCUUUGCUAGGAGUAAGUGCUUUGUCUGUAUACACAAACAUUAUUCUGUCGAUGCUUGGAAGGAGUUUGCUGCAGCAAAUGAGGGAAUUUUGGAGCACGUCGCGGCCAGCACAGGGACGGGGGAGGGGGACCUGAAGAAGCUGUGUGCCAUUAUUGAGGCCGUCCCCAACAUCAAGUACAUCUGUGUGGACGUUGCCAACGGCUACUCGGAACAUUUUGUACAAUUUGUACGAGACGUCAGAAAGACAUUUCCCAAACACACAAUUAUGGCUGGUAAUGUUGUGACGGGAGAGAUGGUAGAGGAGUUGAUUCUCUCUGGGGCAGACAUUAUCAAGGUCGGGAUUGGCCCGGGCAGUGUGUGUACCACUCGUAAGAAGACAGGGGUGGGGUACCCCCAGCUGAGCGCAGUGCUAGAGUGUGCUGACGCUGCCCAUGGUCUAGGAGGUCACAUUAUCUCUGAUGGAGGCUGUACCUGCCCGGGUGAUGUAGCCAAGGCUUUUGGGGCUGGAGCCGACUUUGUGAUGUUGGGUGGCAUGUUUGCUGGACACACAGAAUCAGGGGGAGAGAUGAUCGAGGAGAACGGCAAGAAGUUCAAGCUGUUCUACGGGAUGAGCUCAGCCACAGCCAUGAAGAAACAUGCAGGGGGUGUAGCAGAAUACAGGGCCUCUGAAGGCAAGACAGUGCAGAUAGAAUACAAAGGUGAUGUGGACACCACUCUCCAGGACAUUCUGGGAGGUCUAAGAUCUACAUGUACUUACGUAGGGGCCGCCAAACUGAAGGAACUCAGUCGACGGACAACAUUUAUACGUGUGACGCAACAACUAAAUGAAGUGUUCAGCGCAUUCACUAAAGAACAUUAAUACAUGUAGUCCUUUAAAUGUAUUCUGAGGAAAAAAUCAAGAAUUACCAUUCCAGUAUAGAAAACAGUCAGCUAUCAAUAAUUACAUAAGAAAUCUUUUUGUAUGAACACUGUGUGCACCACAACCUGGUACUAAGAAUACUUGUAUUUGAUGGAAUGGGUUUUAUUGGGUUAUUAAUCCUUCUUAUUUUACAUAAUCUAAGAAACUGUAUGGAAAUGUCCAUUUGUUGAACCCUUCCAACAUCUAGUCACUUUUUAUAAAUUAUGUACUACUAUCAAACAUUUUAACAAAACUGGUAUGUUUUUUAUUUUUGAAUGAUGACAAUAUGGUGUUGUGAUGUUCCCUGUGAUCAUGUACCUUAUUUCUGUUUAUCUAGGUGUCAGGAAUAUUUGAUGAAGUCUGUCUUUGUUGCUAGAGGAAUUAUUAAUAAUGUAGAAACGAAAUUUCAGUGUAGAAUCUGAAAUACCUUCAUGUAGCAAUCUUUUUUUCUCUUUUAGCCAACAAAGCUAACAUUUCUUUUUUGCCAAAACAACCAGAUUAACGGUUUAUUGAAGAAAUCCAUGCUGAACUGCAGAUCAAUUUUGAUAUUUAAUGGUAUAUAUAUUGAAGGGAAGUUGAAAUACAAGAACAUAGAAAAGGCACCUUUUGAUCUGUAUUUUGCGAGAGUUGCGUUAUACCCAACCUUUUUCCCAAAAGAUAACUUACAUUUAAACGUGCUCUUUUAUGGAAGGCACAUUUUGCUCAACUUGAUACAUGUAGAUCCAUGUUUUAUUAUUUAUGGGAGUGUAUUGCAUAAUAAACUGCUAUCCUGUAAAUUAAA